AUGGUUAUUCAUCUCGGAACAGCACUAGAAAACCAUGUCUUGACACAGCUUGUUAGGGACACUAGAAACAUGAUGCAGCCACACACGGCGAUUCGUCUUCGUGAAAGAAAGGCAAAUAAACUAAAAGAUUUUGUUGUCAUGGCAGGUCCUUUAGGUAUCACUUACUUGAUGAUCUUCAGCCAAAACGAAAAAACAGGUUCCACUCAUCUAAGAUUCUCGUCCAUGCCAAGAGGGCCAACUAUCAGCUUUAAAAUACUUGAAUACUCCCUAUGUAAAGAUGUCACACGUAUACAGAGAAACCCAAAAUCUAUCGGUGCUGGCGCACAUGAGUUCAUCAAUCCUCCAUUGUUAGUUAUGAACGGUUUCACCAAUCCAAAAGAUGCAUCGCCAGACGAGAAGUUAGUCGUUACAAUGUUCCAAAAUAUGUUUCCACCUAUUUCGCCAUUGGAAACAAAGGUUGGAACUAUUAGAAGGGUACUAUUACUAAACAAAGAUAAAGAAACAGGUGAAAUUGAGCUGAGACACUAUGUCAUUGAUACAAAAUUAGUUGAUGUUUCAAAAAACGUGAAGAAGCUAAUCAACAUCAAAAGUCAUUUAAAUAAGAAGUUGCCAAACUUAUCACAAACAAAGGAUGUUGCUGAUAUAAUUUUGGAUCCAUAUGCACAAGCUGGAUUCACUUCGGACUCAGAAGUUGAAGAUGAUGCAGUGGUUGAAGUUAAUGAAGAGUUAGAUCUCCCAAAGGUGAUGACCAAAGAAGUUACUCGUGAUGAAAUUAACGAUGAAGAUGAAGAAGGUGAAGGACAUAGUGAAGAAAGACACAGCAUGAAAAGGAAAAAGGCGGUCAAAUUAACCGAAAUUGGUCCAAGAAUGAAAUUAGGAUUAGUGAAGAUCGAGGAUGGUGUUUGCGGUGGGAAAGUGUUGUAUCAUUCACAAUUCAGAAAAUCACAGUCAGAAAUCAAUAAAAUGGAACAAAGACAUGCUCUUAGAAAGAAGGAGAAAGAAGCUAGACGUAAGGCUCAAGCUGCUAACGUUGCUAAGAAAAAUGAAAAAAAAAUGGCUAAAAAGCAAAGAAGAGAGGAAAGAAGAAAAGCUGGUGAAGAAGUUGAGAGUUCUGAUGAGGAAAAAGAUAGCUCUGAUGAUGAAAUGGAAGAUUACUCUGAUUUUGAUGUCUCUGAGGAUGUUGAAAAUGGAAGUGAAAAUAACGAGGACAAACUAUUUGACGAGGAGGAAUGA